AUGUCCUUUGCAGGAACAUUGGGAUUCCAGGGCAUUGCCGGAGAGCCAGGUCCAGAUGGCCGUUCAGGCCCCCUGGGCUUCACUGGGAAGGAAGGUGUGGAGGGACCCCAGGGGCCAGUAGGCAUGUAUGGUUUCCCGGGUAGCAUGGGAAUGCGUGGCACAAAUGGUCACACCGGACAUAGGGGGGAGACUGGUGUAAGAGGCCUGCCUGGUCUUACUGGGAAGCCUGGACCUCCAGGUCGGCUAGGGGAUCUGGGACCCACAGGGCUAGAGGGCCCACAGGGCCCCUCGGGUCUGCUGGGCUCAAAUGGAGCCACAGGGAAGCCGGGACCAAGGGGAAGCAGGGGGCCUCCGGGGCCACAAGGCUCUAACGGACCAGCAGGAAUCCUAGGCACUCCUGGCCAAUCGGGGUUGGAGGGGCAAACGGGAACGAAUGGGGAAAAGGGAGACCUAGGGCCUUGUGGGAAACUUGGUCCUCCAGGGCAGCCUGGAGCUCGAGGUCUACAAGGGCUCAAAGGGUUACAAGGCUCUCCUGGACCAAUGGGAAAAGAGGGUGAUGUGGGGUCUCUGGGGCCCACAGGGUGGGAGGGUCCAUGGGGGACCUUGGGGGAAAAUGGGGAGAAGGGACCAAAAGGAGAGAAGGGCCACAUCGGACUUAUGAGUCAGUCAGGAUUCAUGGGAGAAAUAGGACCUGCAGGCUUGUCAGGGAUACAGGGUAUUAUGGGCCCUAGGGGGCCUCCAGGGCCAGAUGGACCUCAAGGAGAGAAGGGGGAGUCUGGGCCUAGCAGAGCCAUCGGACCUCAAGGCAAAACAGGACCUCCGGGGGUGGCUGGAGUUCAAGGAGUCAGAGGUGAGACAGGGAAGCCAGGACCACAGGGUCCAGUAGGGAAGGUUGGGCCUGAGGGAGACUUGGGCCAUAAAGGUAAGCCAGGACUAGAUGGAGAGAAAGGGGAGCCAGGGGGACCAGGCGAGCCAGGAGAACAGGGGGUUGACGGUCUGCCAGGCAUCAGAGGGCCCCCAGCGCUUCUUGGUUUGGAGGGGCCACAGGGUGAGGUGGGAGCCCAGGGGCCAGAAGGUCCCCUAGGGGCAUUGGGUGUCAGGGGAAGCCCAGGACCUGAGGGAAAACAGGGACUGAAAGGAGAGAAGGGAGAUGACGGCAGAGAUGGAUCACCUGGAAAGACAGGUUACAUCGGAAGGAGUGGGAAAAGAGGCAAGGCUGGAAUCAGGGGUACAAGAGGAGAGAGAGGACCAAAGGGAGAGAGGGGAAAUGCGGGAUUGAUUGGUGUUCCAGGAUGGGUGGGGUCUAUAGGAAUCCCAGGCUUGCGAGGAGACAGGGGGGAUCAGGGUGAAAAGGGGAGUGAGGUAUGAAUAGAUCAGGCUGAAUUAUUGAUACUAGUGAAUUUAGAGAGAAAUGCACUGUGAAGACUUCCCCCUCUGUGUUUCUCUCCCCACAGGGAGAAAAGGGGAACAUAGGGCCGCUCGGUCCGCCAGGGCGUGAUGGCCUCAAGGAUAGUCUGGGUCCUGUUGGGGUGCCAGGACAGGCGGGCCCAAAGGGAGAUCAGGGGAAUAUUGGACCGUCUGGGCCAAGAGGAACACCUGGGAUGCCAGGACUUCCUGGUUUGUUUGGAGAGAAGGGUUUGAAAGGCUUUGAGGGAUUUCCUGGGCAACCUGGGACAAGGGGCCUGCCGGGGGCACCUGGACUCCCAGGACCUCCAGGUCCCUCAGUAAACAUGACCCUUACUCAACUCAAGGCAAGUCA